CGCCUCGACGCUUCAACUGAGUCAUCCCGUGGCUUCUGGGUACCCGGGGGCUUUCUGCAGCGUGCUGCAUUCUUCUCGACUUAAUUUGUCAAUGGCCUCUUUCCUGCUAAUGCAGACGUGGAAGCCGACCGCCCCCCACCCCCAAGACACUUGUCGAGAGCCGUUCGCGAAGCCUUAACUAUGCCUAAAUCUCCCGACUGAUUGUUUUCCUUCGUUGAAUCUGUUGUUUGAUUUUUCUUGUAGGCCUCUGCUGCAGACAUGGAGAAAAUAAGUUUGCACGAACAGAAGGGAGAGUUACGGAAGCGUCUCUCCUACACCACCCACAAACUGGAGAUGCUGGAGAGCGAGUUUGACUCGACCCGCCAUUACCUUGAAAUCGAACUGAGACGUGCUCAGGAGGAACUGGAGAAAGUAACAGAAAAACUGAGGAGGAUACAGAACAACUACUUGACCCUGCAGAGAAUUAAUCAGGAACUGGAGGAGAAGCUCUACCGCAUGGGCCAGCAUUACGAGGAGGAGAAAAGGGCCCUCAGCCACGAGAUCAUUGCCCUCAACAACCACCUGAUAGAAGCCAAGGUGACCAUAGAUAAGUUGUCCGAAGACAACGAACUCUAUAGGAAGGACUGCAAUCUAGCCGUUCAGCUGCUUCAGGGCAGCAAGACAUACAGCAGGGCCCAUAAACUUUCUGAGCUGCCAACCGACUUCCAGGAGCGGGUCAGCCUCCACCUGGAGAAGCACGGCUGCAGUCUGUCCGCCCCACUGUGCCACCCAUCCUUCGCUGACCACAUCCCCACCUGUGUCAUCGCCAAGGUGCUAGAAAAGCCCGACCCCGAGAGCCUGUCCUCACACCUGUCGUCGGCCGCCUCGACCCGAGACCCCGCCAGCCGAGGCUCGGCGGAGAGGCUGGGCCCCGGGCCCCAGUUCAAGACAGAGGUGUACUGCAGUGACACGGCCCUGUACUGCCCUGAGGAGAGGCGGCGUUGGCAGCAAGAGAGGAGGCCCAGCGCGGACACGCCAAGCCGAGAGGCCGGCUUCCCGCGCUCCCAGAACUCCACCGACAGCACGGCUGAGGAGGACGGCUUCCACUCCAGCUUCUCCCCCGAAGCCUUCCCCGCCUACGUGGCCUCACUGCCCACCUCCAGCUCCUACUCCAGCUUCAGCGUCACGUCCGAGGAGAAGGAGGCUGCCCAGGCCAGCACCCUGACUGCUUCCCAGCAGGCCAUCUACCUGGCCGGCCGGGAUGAGAUCUUCGAGCGGCAGGCGGGCUCGGCCUACGAGCCCCAGGGCAGCCCCUGCUUCUCCACAGUGGCGGCGGUGGAGCUUGGGGAGCCGGCGCUCGACGGCGAUGGCCCGCCCGCCUUCAGCCGGACGGCAUCGCCCUACCCGGGCGAGGCCUUCCGCUUCCCCGGCCUGGGGCCGCCCCCGCCGUCCCCGCCGCCCCCACCGCCUCAGGCCCCGGCCGCCCAGCCGCUGCGCCCCGAGAGCCGAAACACCCUCCACCCGCGGGAAGAGCCUCCCAGCUGCUGGCGACCUCUGAGCGUCGAGGAUGUCGGCUCUUAUGCCUACCCUGGCCCUGGCCGCCUCUCUCCCUGCAGUUUCUCGGAGCCUUACUAUGGCCCCAGAGAGGCUGGGGAGGGCCGUGGCGGGCCUGGCUUCACGGGCUAUGGAGCGGACAGCUUCUCAGAUGGGGAGGACCUGCCCCAUGGGCACCUGCUGGACUCCCGCUUCCUCAGGGCCGGCGGCGAUCCGGCCUGCGCCGCCCGCAGCUCGCCCGACCGGCUGUCCGCCUACCUUCCCCCGGACCCUCGAGCCCCCAACGGUGAGCGGCUCUCGGCCCGGCUGGGCGGCGGCAGCCCCGGCCCCGAGGACGGCCCGGGCCUGAAGAGGGACUACGUGGAUGGCAGCCGCAGCAGUUCGGCUGAUUCCCGCCGCGCUAGCUCGGCAGAAGCGUCCCCAGAGAUCCGACUGUCUCCCAGGGGCCAGAGCCCCCGGCCCUCGGCCUCCAGCCAGCGGCAGCAGCAGCCAUUCCAGCGGGCAGGGAGCGCCGGCCUCAGCCGCAAAGACAGCCUGACCAAAGCACAGUUGUAUGGCACGCUCCUCAACUGAACCCCUUCCCGACGGUAAAGCACGGCUUCCGGAGGGGCGCUGAACCCCACAAUUUGAGCUCAAAAGAGCGGCGUGUUUUCUCCAUGUCCCCACGCCCCUCCGCCCCCCGCCCCGGCCCAGGCAUCUGCUAGGCCACAGCAAAUGGUGAUUUUCACAGCACCCCAACCGUUCCUCCUAAGAGAUGCACCACCCCCUCCCACUCCUGCAGCCUCCGUUUUAUAAAGCUGAAAUAUUUUUAUAAGGAAAGUAGUAUUUAUUUAAGGCGGGCUUCCGCCUCGGCUGAGCGGACCACACUCUUUCUCCUUGGAGCGCUUGCUUCGGGGGCAAAACCUCCCUUACUUUUGGUGGGAGACCCUUUUUGCCGAACUCCUAGAGGGGAAGGUCAUGCCGUUGCUGCAGAGGGAAAAUGGGAAAACCGAUGGUAUGGUCUCCUGGGAACUCUGGGUCCAAAAG